UCAUUUGACUCUGUAGCAUUUCAUGCCAGAAAUAACAAAACGAAUAUCAACGCCAAGAUCUGACAUCAUUUGUGAAGUACAGUACGAGUAAUGUAAGAUCUUCAGGUUUCUUUUCUCUUGGGCGGCAUGUAUUACAAAUCGAGGACGUGACCGGUCGAUCCGCAGCGACGUCGAGCCGCGCCCAGCGCUUUCUUGCUUCGAGCCCGUCAACAACUGCUGCACCUGAAGCACGCAGCGUCCAAAGAAACGAGCUCGAGUCUCUGAGAGAGGGAGCGAGGGAGGGAGGGAGAUUUUGAUGUCAGCAGUCGAUGUCGACGGGAGUGGAGUAGUUGCGCGCUAGAAUUCCAAACUCUUCGGAAUGGAGGUUUGUCAAGAGGACAUGAAUUUUAUGCUGGAUUUCAGUGGAGGGGCUGAGUCCUUGUCGCCCGAUGAAGAGAAGGAGGCGAAAGAAGGUCGGGUUGGUGGUGAGGAUGUGGAGAUGUCGGAUAGGAGUGCGAAGCCGGAUGUGAGUAGUAUGACUGUUGAGGAGCUCGUGGCAAAGGCGCGUGCGCCUAUCAAGAAAGAGUUUCUUACUAUUGCAGGAGUGAGAGUGGUGAAUCCCCACGGCGUGACAGGAAGAAGUGAGAAGAACGAUAAAACGCUGAUUUCAAAACGAAAACUGAAGAAGAAUAGAUUGGAGGUACACUGCUUUCAUCCAGCUAAUUUGUUUGGCUUUUGAACCGAACUUUGAAUUUUUAAGAGAACAAUAUAUUUGUUCAACAAGUUUUGUAGUACAUCGAUUGAAAUUGUUUCUGCUAUCGAGUGGAAUGUUCAAGUCGGAAGCUUGUUGGUGCAUCAGACUGCGUCAUCAUGAACACGUGGAUCAUCUUCGUAUUUGGAUUCUCCUGCGUUUGCAUUGAGCAAUGGAGCGCGCAAUCAUGAGUUGGGAGUCCAAAGAAGAGGGCAUUAUCUGUCAGUUUCCCAUGUGUCAUUCCUAUGUAGACAUCUUUCAAGUUUUGCCUCUGCGCGGGAAUGCGAUUUCAGGAUAUCAUUUAGCGAAUCAUCUCUACUGGAGGAAGUCAGCUGGGAAACUCUAAGUGACGACAAAAAAACAUGAUAUAUUAAUCAGCGGAAGAAAAUAUCCCUCUACUUUACCUUUUUCCGUUCGCAUUCAAACGUAGAGUCUUCAUGAACUCCAGUACACGCCAGGGCCUGGAAAAUUGUGGAGUAUGUCUUCUUUGGUGAAUUUCUUGGGAUUUCAUGGCUGGAAUUCUUGCUGUAGUCACCAGCUCUUGGCCAAGAGUUUAACUUCGGCUUUAUAGCGUUUAUAGCAUGGCACGAGACAGGGAAGUCGGUGAGUGUGACUGGUUGUUGGGUAUCAGUAUUCUGGAGAUUUCCUUUUGAAGUAUUGGGGUAUGUGUUAAGACACAGUUAUAAUGUACAGAUAGCCACAGUUGUAACAUAAUUUUUUCACAUGUCUUCUUGUAGGCCUUCAUCUCUUUCACUUUAAAGCAAGUAAAAUGUGAGCAUUCAGUCAAAAUUCAGCGUAAAGACUAACAUGGCAAGGAAAUCUGCAACAAACAUUUGUGCUGUUGUAGCUAAAACCAGGGACCCUAGCAAAUGUCCGUAUGGGGACAAGUGCCAAUUCAAUCACAAUUUGGAUGUGUACAUGGCACAGAAACCUCCAGAUUUACCAGGGAAUUGUCCUUCUUUGGAAUCUGGAGAGCCGUGUUCGUACAGCCUUACAUGCAGAUUCGCUGGGACACAUAAGGACUUUUACGUGUUAGAGAGCAGUAAGAAGAAGCCUUCUAACGUUCCCGCAAAUGAGCGAAACAUAUUGAGAAAAGAUUAUCAAAAGUUAUUAUGGAAAAAUAAGGGGCAGUAUCCAAAGGCUGAUGCCCAGUUACGCGCGAUGGGUUUGAUGGGCAAAGCCUUCAAGCUCAACACUGUAGACGAUGAAGGACCUAAAGGGCCAGAUGAUCAGCAAGUUAUAGUCAGCAGUAUUCCGGUGACAACGGUUGCCGAAGCAACGGGUAUAUCUGGAAAUAAUUUGGAUAAAACUGAACAGAGUCUUCCAGGAAGUACGGCCAAGACACAUCGGACUAAAAGGCCCAAAGUCAUCACAAAGGGAUCUGCGAUGGAUACGAGUGCCGAAGUAGAUUUGAACCCUGAUAAGAAUGUUCAGCUUGAGGAUACUAGUUUUAGUCAGUUGCUACAAGAGGAAGGGGUUAAUAUGCCUACUGCUGGCAAACAUCACUGGAGAACACUCUACCUCGAGUCCAAGUUGAAUCCUCGGGAGAAAAAAUUGAUUGACUUUAGGGACAAGCUGUAUUUGGCACCCUUAACAACAGUUGGAAAUUUACCGUUUAGACGGGUUUGCAAGAGUCUUGGAGCUGAUAUUACUUGUGGUGAAAUGGCAAUGUGCAGAAACCUUCUACAGGGAGCAUCUUCAGAAUGGGCUCUGUUACGAAGGCAUUCCUCUGAAGAUAUCUUCGGAGUACAAAUAUGUGGUGGCUUUCCUGACCACGUUGCCCGGACUGCCGAAAUGAUUGAGCGAGAAUGUGAGGUGGAUUUCAUUGACAUUAAUAUGGGUUGCCCAAUAGAUCUAGUUGUUAACAAUGGAGCCGGAUCUUGCCUCUUGACGAAGCCACAAAGGCUGGAGCAAAUUGUGCGAGCCACUGCAGGCGUUAUGGAACAUCCUCUUACUGUAAAGUUGCGGAUAGGGUAUUACGAAGGUCGGAACUGUGCUCAUACCUUCAUGCCAAACCUUUAUGAAUGGGGAGUUAGUGCUGUCACGAUCCAUGGACGCACUCGUCAGCAGCGAUAUAGCAAGUUGGCCAACUGGGACUACGUUGCUGAUUGUGUAAAUGCCGCAACAGACAAGUUACAGGUUAUCGGUAAUGGAGAUAUCAUGGCUUACACGGACUGGGAUGAGCACCUUCGGACCCCAGGUUCCAAGCUCUCCACAUGUAUGAUUGCUCGUGGAGCACUAAUGAAGCCAUGGAUUUUCACAGAAAUCAAAGAGUCGAGACAUUGGGAUAUCAGUUCAAGUGAGAGGCUAGAUAUUCUAAGACAAUAUGUGAACGCUGGUCUUGCACACUGGGGCUCUGAUGCCAAAGGGGUGGAAGUAACAAGAAAGUUUCUACUUGAAUGGCUAAGCUACAUGCACCGGUAUAUUCCAGUCGGUCUGUUGGAGGUUGUACCGCAGCGUCUGAAUUGGAGGCCUCCAAGUUAUUUCGGGAGGAAUGAUCUCGAGACGAUGAUGGCAUCUGAAAGUGCUGUGGAUUGGAUCAAAAUUUCAGAAUUUUUGCUGGGUCCAGUUCCCCCCAACUUCAUCUUCCAACCAAAGCACAAGUCGAAUUCUUACGACCAAGCCGAGAAUGGAUGAGAAUAUCCACGGCAGGCACUUCUCUGCAAGAUGAAGAAUAGCUAUUUCAUGUUUAGUCGAUGCAAGUUCAGCUGUAGGUUUGGACGGGUUGAAGGCGUCGAAUUCUCUGAUGCAAUACGGUUAAGAGCAUCCUUUUACAGGGACACAGAACACGAUUAGCUGUACAUUAUAAAUGCUUACUGCGUAAACUUUUUUUGUCACCUUUGCACCUACGAAGAAAAUGAACAAGACAAAAACUAUCCUUGUCCAUCUGUGCGAUAUCCCUUUUUAGGUUGCAAAUAAUAUCUUUGGUUUUUGUGGAGACGCUCAUUGCUCAGCGUAUCUGGUUGACCAUCAUAGCUCCGAAUAACUCAAAUUUAGUACAAGAGGGCCACAAUCCCCCUAGUGCAGGAUGAUAGGAAACAAAAUGACGGUAGGAGAUGGUAGGGAGAGUUCUGGAAGCUCUCCCUACCAUUUCAUUAAGAGGUUUGCUUGCUCUAUGUGGCUGAAAUUACCAACAGCUGUAAUGAAGCACGGAAGUUGUAUUCACGGCCCUACUUUUUCUCCGCGCCUUUUGCUUUUCGAUUUUCAAUCGAUGAAGAUUGGAUUUUACUUCUUCAAAGUACAUUAUUAGCACUAUACGCCGUAGAGACCAUGUCAAUAAUUAUAAAAGUUAUUGGAGUGAUUUUGGC